AACAAGAAGAAAGAAAGGAAGGAGGCAAGAGAAUUCAUACACGAGAGAUUGCAGCGGGAGCAUUAUGCGUCAAGGUCAAGUAUCCCCCAAGAUCGUAGUGGCAGUAGAUAGAGAUAAGAGCAGCCACAGUGCCUUCAAAUGGGCUCUGGACAACGUUGUCACCGCAGGGCAAACCCUCACCCUCCUCCAUGUCAACAACAAGAGCUCGAGGGGUUACGAGGAUGAAGCCAAUUAUGUUGCUAGCAUCACAAGGGACAUCAUCAAUCCCUUUAGAUGUUUCUGUACGCGAAAGAAUGUGGGAUGCAAGGAUGUCAUAGUUGAAGGCAUCGAUGUUGCUAAAGCGAUCAUAGAGUUUGUCACAGUUGCAGCAGUAGAGAAGUUGGUGAUUGGUGCAUCACCAAAAGGCGGAUUCAUCAGAUCAUUCAAAAGUAUAGACCUCAGCACCACCAUCUACAAAGGGGUGCCUGAUUUUUGCACUAUCUAUGUCAUCUCGAAGGGGAAGAUCUCCUCCACGAGGAAUGCCACUCGACAUCAAUCGGCUGUCUCUCUUCGUGCUCAAAUAGAGGCUCCACCAACAGUAAUGCAUGAUCCACCAAGCCAGAGCAUCAAGAACGCCAUGAAAGGUACAAGUGCGGCUUCAGUUAGUCCAUGGAAUAUGCAAAAAGAGAAUGAAUUAAUCGGGUCGCCUUUCAAUAGAGGAGGGACACAAGGCUCAACCCAAAGAUCAUAUGGAGAGAUACUUGUAGAGAGUGAUAUAUCAUUUGUGAGCAAUGACAGGCCAAGCACUAGUGGAUACCCUCCAAGAUCUUCUAACUUGUCGGAUAGUUACGAAUACAGUUUCGAAUCAUCGCGCAAGUCUACGGGUGCAUUCUCUGCAGGAAAUGAAUCCUCUUACCUAUCUCAUGCAAGCUCAUCAUCUCAAUCUAUGGAUGAUGUCGAAGGAGAGAUACGAAGGUUGAGGCUAGAACUCCAGCAAACAAUGGACAUGUACAGCACAGCCUGCAAAGAGGCACUCACAGCCAAACAGAAGGCCAUGGAACUUCAACGUUGGAAGAUAGGUGAAGAAAAGAGAUUGGAAGAAGCAUCCCUCAAGACAACCAAAAUGACGGCAAAGAAGUUCAGUACAGAGAUGCAGUCAGACAACGAGACAGAGGAGAAGAAGGGUUUUAACGAUUUAUCACAAACAGAUCUCAGGUACAGAAGGUACACGAUAGAGGAGAUAGAAGAAGCCACUGAACAUUUCGCGGAGAAUAGGAAAAUCGGCGAAGGCGGCUAUGGUCCUGUUUACAAAUGCUAUCUGGAUCAUACCCCUGUUGCAAUCAAGGUACUGCGUCCUGAUGCGGCACACGGAAGGUCACAGUUUCAGCAAGAGGUUGAAAUCCUAUGUUGUAUUCGACAUCCAAACAUGGUGCUACUGCUUGGCGCCUGUCCAGAAUAUGGUUGCCUUGUAUACGAACACAUGGCGCUUGGGAGCUUGGAAGAUCGUCUGUUCAAGCGAGGGAACACGCCGCCUAUCCCAUGGCAGCAUAGGUUUCGAAUCGCUGCAGAGAUCGGCACUAGUCUUCUCUUUCUGCACCAAACCAAGCCUGAGCCACUGGUUCACAGAGACCUUAAGCCUGCGAACAUCCUCCUCGACAGGAACUACGUGAGCAAGAUCAGUGAUGUGGGGCUUGCUCGGCUAGUUCCUCCGUCCGUGGCAAACAACGUGACCCAAUACCGCAUGACGGCUACGGCGGGCACGUUCUGUUAUAUAGACCCGGAGUAUCAGCAGACCGGCAUGCUCGGUACGAAAUCUGACGUCUACUCACUCGGAAUCCUCCUGCUGCAGUUGAUAACUGCCAAGCCUCCCAUGGGGCUGACGCACUUCGUGGGCCAUGCGAUCGAUAAGGGAACGUUCCCUGAAAUGUUGGACCAAUCAGUGACUGAUUGGCCGGUUGAGGAAGCUUUGAGCUUGGCCAAGAUAGCGAUAAAGUGCGCGGAGCUGAGGAAGAAGGACAGGCCGGACCUUGCGACGGUCAUACUGCCAGAGCUCAACAGACUCAGAGAACUCGCGGAGGAGAACUUGCAUCCUUAG